GCUGCUCCCUGCCUGCAGGUGAUUUUCAAGACUGGAACAAGACAACGAGCACGUCUUGUGGAUAUCAAUGCUAUCGCUCAGAAACUGGGCCCAGCCGUAUCGGAUGCUCUUAUUGGUCUUCAUGCGUAUACUGGCUGUGAUAGUGUUAGUGCCUUUUCGGGGAAAGGAAAGUCCAGUGGCCUAGCAAUCAUCAAGACGGACGAAGUGCUUGCCUCUGUUAUGUCAAGACUUGGUCAGUCGUUCACCGUGGAUGCGUCACUCCUAGCAGCAUGCGAGACAUUCACCUGCCGUCUCUAUGGCUUUCCAGAUUCAACUGAAAUCAAUGCUGUUCGCUACAAGCUCCUGUGUGCUAAUGCCACCACCCCAGAACGACUGCCACCAUCUCAGAACGCACUGAAGCAGCAUGUACAUCGUGCAAACUACCAAGCAGCAGUCUGGCGAGGUGCUUUGCGCAACGACUUGGUCCAGCCAACUCCAGUUGGAAAUGGAUGGGUUCAAUCAUCCGAUGGAAUGUUGCAAAUUCAAUGGAUGACUCAGGAGGCUACCCCCAAGGAUAUCCGUGACCUUAUCACAUGUGGCUGCAAGACAGGAUGCAUGAGCAAUCGGAGAUGCAAAUGCCGCAAGAAUGGUUUGCCAUGUGCAGAUGUAUGCAAAUGCACAUUGACGGCAUGCACGAAUCGCCCUGUACCUGUACAGCAAACACAGGCAACGUCGAUUUCCGCGACUGCACUUACAGCAGUGACUGUGGAAGAAGAAAGUGAUGAGUCAGACAGUGAUGGCAGAGAUGGCAGCACAGAUAGCAACGACACAGCUGAUACCAUAUCAGCUGAAGAUUUCUCAUCAAACGAACUGGAACAUUGA